ACAGCUGAAUAUCAAGCCGCUUUAAUAAUAACAUUUUCUCAUAAACAUGGUCACAGUUGAGAAUACCAGUGAGCGAAGGGACCAAAACACCUAUUUUUUUCCGCUACAAAGAGUUCCGAUUUGGCCAAUCCGAUCGCUGUUUACUGGAGUGCGGUGAGCGGUAGCACUUAGCACUUCCGUGGCACCUCCGUCAGCUUGGCCAAUCAUAUCGCUCCGUACUGGUCCGCCUCGCUCGGGAACUUCCUUCUUGCGAGCGCUUUGAGCGCUAUUGGUUUAUCCGUCUCUUCGUUCAUAUCACCUGAAACAUGACUGCCGGCAGGUGUACAGCUGCACUUCUGGCUGCUGUGCUCGUUUGCGGUCUAACAUGCGCAUCAACCGCGGCAGCCGAGGAAGCGAUAACAGAGGAAUAUGAAUCAAUUUCGAAUGCCAAUGAGCAUGUCCAAGCGCAGGAUGAUUAUGCGCGUUCUCAGAAGCGCCGGGAAAUCACGGAGCAUGAUGAUGAUCAAAAUGAGCCACCACCAUCUUCAUCAUCAUCAUCAUCAUCAUCAUCAUCUUCAUCAUCUUCUCCGCCCUCUAAAGACUAUUUUAAAGAAGAGCUGGUGAUCAGACCUCUCUCGUCCGGGGACAUUUACGCGAGCUUCCAGUUCCAGACGCGCUGGGAUACGGACUUCUUUGCGCCUGGGAAGAAAGUGUCGCACUACCGCCUCUUCCCCAAAUCCCUGGGCCAGCUCAUGUCCAAGUUCUCUGUGCGGGAGAUGCACGUGUCCUUCACGCAGGGCUAUUGGCGCACCAUGCAGUGGGGACAGCCCUUCCUGCCCGCCCCCCCCGGAGCGGAGCUCUGGGUGUGGUUUCAGGACUCGGUCGCAGAUGUGGAUGGAGCAUGGAAGGAGCUCACCAAUGUGCUGUCUGGAAUAUUCUGUGCCUCCCUGAACUUCAUAGACUCGACCAACACCGUGGAACCCACUGCCUCCUUCAAGCCCUUGGGGGUGGGGAAUGUGACGCACCAGAGGUUCUUGCGCUAUGCUGUGCUGCCGCGUGAGAUUGUUUGCACGGAGAACUUGACGCCGUGGAAGAAGCUGCUUCCUUGUGGUUCAAAGGCUGGGCUGGCAGUUCUGAUGAAGUCCGAGAAGCUCUUCCAUAGCAGUUUCCUCUCGCUGGCAGUCCACAUAAGACCUGUGUGUCAGGACUGGGGUUGUAAAGGCACAGCAUGGGAGCUGAGGCAGACUGUGAAUGUCGUGUUUGACCUGCACACCACAGGGCAGGGCAAAAGGGAGUGGUCCUUCUUCAAGAUGUUUUCUCGCACCCUGACUGAGGCCUGUCCACUGGCCACCUCCAGUAAGGUGUACAUAGAUGUUACAGAUAACCCCCAGGGGGAGCUGUUUGAGCUAAACCCUGCUGCUCCUUCCCUCACUCAAGCUGUUGUUCUUGGAGAUCGCAGGACCUACGCGGUUUACGAUCUCAUGGCCUCAGGCACGUUCGGACUGCUGCGGUCACUCAACGUUCUGCUACGCUGGAAGACACCUGGCAGUGUGGACAUGUUGCGGCCGCUCCUGCACGGAGAGCGCUACGUGGCGGGUUACGGGCUCCAGACUGGAGAGAUCCACACCCUCAUCUACAACAACCACCCGUACCGUGCGUUUCCUGUCUUGCUGCUGGACAUUGUACCCUGGUAUCUGCGUCUCUACAUCCAUACCCUGACUGUCACCAGCAAGUCCCGUGAAAAUAAGCCUAGCUACAUUCAUUACCAGCCUUCGAAGGACCGUUUACGUCCCCAUCUGUUGGAAAUGCUUAUACAGCUGCCGCCCAACUCCGUGACGGAAGUGACGGUGCAGUUUGAGCGUGCUCUGCUGAAGUGGACAGAGUACACGCCUGAUCCUAACCAUGGCUUCUAUGUGGGGUCAUCAGUGAUAAGUGCGCUGGUGCCCAGUGUUGUUGCUAUGGAUACCAGCUAUACACUGGAGCAUCCUCUUUUCAGCACCUUUUUCCCAUGUAAGGAGGAGUCUAGCUACUUUGUGCGGGUGUACACCGAGCCCCUACUGGUGAACCUGCCCACCCCGGACUUCAGCAUGCCCUACAACGUCAUCUGUCUUACGUGCACGGUGGUUGCCGUGGGAUACGGCUCCCUCUACAACCUUCUAACCCGCACUUUCCAGGUAGAGGAGCCCAGUCCAGGUGUCGUGAAGCGCUUGGCCAACAUGAUCCGCUAUCUCCGAGGCGUGCCGCUGCUCUGAGCUUGGGCCCCCUGCGCUGGUCCCCCAGCUGAUACUGAGAGGUGGCCUGGUUUUGCUGGGCUCAGUGAAGCGCUCAAGAGUUUUUUACGUUCUUUCUGCACUGAGGAAGAUUUGGGGGAUCAAUUUAACGGUGAAUGAUUUAAUAAGCUUGAAGGGUGAAACACAACUUCUCAAUGGUAUUGGCAUUUAUUUUUCAGUUUAUGACUUUGGUUUUUAUCUUGAGAGCAGCUUUGAGGACAGAAGAUGGUGAAGAAGCCAAAGUGACUCCUUGUUUUAGCUGAACGCAACCGUGUGCAUUAUGGCUGAGUUGCUGCUGGGCAGUUGGCAGAGAACGUUCUGGAACUCUGGUGGCUGGACGGGCAGCUGAACGGAACAGGCCUCUGAUUUGCACCCCACCGGAAGUCUGCUCCUUAUAGGCGCUGGCAGAAGGAAAGUAUUCCCUACGGAGACCAGAGCCUGAUACUGCCGAGGGAAUCAUGGGAAGGUGCAGGUUCCAGCGAGAGCCCUUUGCACUGCAGAGUGAUGCUACUCUGAAAAAAACUUUGUUUUCCUGGAAACUACUGUCACUAAUGGAAGUUAUGCAAGAUGUUUUAUUUUCUUUUAAGUUCCUACGUUCUCCCCCCCCCAGAAAAGCCAUAGGUACUCUUAGUUUUUGGAAAAUGCACUGCUCAAAGGUUUCUGUUCCUCAUUUCCACUGGGGAUUGUUCCUUAAAGCUGUAUUUCAUCUUAAAGCAUUUUACAUCUUAUUCUUCUCCUGACUUUGGAGACAUGCACAUGGGACACACAAAUACAGAUGUUUAAAUAUUCUUAUGGUCGUGCAUACUUGUUUAUUUUCUGCAGCUUACUUUUUAAUAUUUCAACUGCUUAUGGUGUUUUGGUUACAUUUAAGCAUAACUUUUUUUUUUCCCCCCUCCCUUCAGCUUUGUAGUAAA